AUGUAAACCUUUAAUUUAAAAAAUGAAGAUUUGUAUAACGUGCAUCUAUUGGACAUUACUUUUUAUAUCAGUUGCUUCCAGUGCAUUGCUAUUUAUUAUAGUAGCUUGUGAAAAUGCACAAACUAAUUAUUAUUUACCUCUCAAAAAGAAUGAAACUAAAGAGAUUUAUGAUAAUGAUACAUUGGAUCAUAUAGAGGAUAAUAGUAUAGAGACAUCUAAUAUAGCACUUGCCAGGCUAAAGAAUUCAAAAAAGUUGGACAUCCCUUAUGAAGAUCAUUAUUAUGAAGUAAGAAUUGAAGAGGAUAAGGAGAAAUUUGUAAAAAAUGCUAUUGACUUUGAAAAUGUUAUAACAAGUAAAACAAGGAGAAAAGAGAAUCCAUAUAACAAUCCAGACAUUGUAGCCGAGAGUCUUACUCAACAGCCUAAUCUAUCCCAGGGAAUUUCUGAAAGUGAACAAGCAACAGUUUUACCUUUGGUGGACACAACUGUGGCAGAGUUACAAAGUUUAGCAGAACCGAAGCUAAAUGCAGAAUUUUCAAGAACGAGAGCAUUCGGAAAGAAUUCAUCGUUAUUAACAAAGAGUGCGAAUCUUGGACAGACGACAAAAAAGGAGCAACAAGAAAUUUCACCUAGCACGCAAACUCCGUCACCGCCGAGUAUUGACAAAAUCAAGGAAGCGACUAACGGGACGGAUAUUCUCCAAGAUGAAUCUUUGUUGUUACCAGAUUCGGUUACAGAAGAGAUACCAGAAGUAGUAGUAGUAGUGAGAGCCGAACAGGGUCCUAUUACCACCGAUGAAUUAGAAUUUAAACAGGAAGAUGAUGUUAAAGCGCUUCCCGACGAGGUACCUAAAGUUGAUGGCACGUUUGCAACAACUCCAGAGUUAAGUGACGCCGAGGCCAAAGCUCGUUUAGUAGGGGAUAACAGGGACGAAGCAGCUACGGUUGUUCUUGGCGAAAGUAUCGUACCAGUGGGAUCUACGAAUCCUCACGAGGAUAUUCCAUCUUUCAGCGAAUGGACACAGAAGAGACUAGAAGAGGCUGAAAAGAAGAAAACGCAUCCAAACGCGUCUGUUCAAAAUGCAGGAACCCCGACAAGGGGAGUCGGUGGCAUGAAGGUUCGUUCAAAGAACUAUGCUUCCCCAGAUUGUGGAGCUAAAAUUGUAGCGGCAAAUCCGGAGGCUCGAAGCGCCAGAAGCGUGUUAGUAUCCACCAGAGACGAAUAUAUGUUGAAUACGUGUACAUCAAGGAUAUGGUUUGUCGUAGAACUUUGCGAAGCGAUUCAAGCGAAGAAAAUCGAACUGGCCAAUUUUGAGCUUUUCAGUUCAUCGCCAAAGGACUUUUCCGUUUACAUUAGCGAUCGUUUUCCUACGAGAGACUGGAGCCUCGUUGGCCAGUUCACCGCGAAAGACACGAAGGAUAUUCAAAGUUUUCCUUUACAACCGCAUCUAUUUGGAAAAUUUAUCAAGAUAGAACUUCACACCUAUUACGGAUCUGAACAUUUUUGUCCAAUCUCUUUGUUUCGCGCAUACGGUACCAGUGAAUUCGAGGUUUUAGAAACGGAAACGGAAAAUCAAAUCUCGAGAGAGACGAGUACCGAUGUAGACGAUGAAGAGGACAGCGACGAAGAGGAAGUUCUGGAUGCUGAGACUGGCGAACCACCGAGAAAUUUAUUUGGCAGCGCCAGAGACGCUGUAUUGAGUAUCAUGAAGAAAGCGGCUGAAGUAUUGGUGAAAUCCAGUGAAUUGACUGGCAAUAAUAUUACAAAAAUCCAACAGAGUAUGGACAGUGGAAAUAUACUUGAGAAUUCUUUCCUUAGUUGUACUACACCAAGGUAUACAAUCCUUUGUGAUAAAUGCUCGGAUCAGAAAUUCGCUAAAAUCUUCCAAUUAGUAAGUUGUAGAGAAAAACAACUGAAUCAAUUGUUAAAGAUUGAUCUUGUAAAUAGAACCUUGAGACAAAGUGGACUUUGCAAGGCUCAUGGGGUAGGAGUGGAAACUUUUGAGAAGAAAGAAAUGAAAGAAUUUGUUGAGAAUGUAAAAGAUGUGGAAUACAAAGAUUCGACGAAGAAUUUUCAGUUGACAUUUAUUACAUCUAUAUUUAAAUCCGAAUACAUUGCUGCGCUCUGCAACGUAUUAGCAAUAAAAGAACGGAAAAUGGUGAUGAAUACAAGCCACGAAAUACCAUUUAACAAUUUCAAGGAUGCCGUUAAAGAAGAUGUACCAGAUAAACACAAAGAAGAUUACAGUGAGGAUGGAAUUAAAGCUUUUCAACAUGCAUCAACUACGUGUUCUCCCAGUUCGAACACGGACAGUUCAAAAUUAGAAUCUUCUAAAGUAUUUCAAAAAAACACUCAAGAACCGCUUAACAAAGAAGUGAAAUUUACAGGUGCACCCAUUGAAAUUUUCUUAAAUACCGAAAACAUAAAUCCAGAAAUAAAUCCAACGAAGACCUUUGAGAAAGAAGAGAUAAAGAAUGAUUCAUCGGUUCCGAUUUUGGAAUCCAUUAAAGGUAGUAUCGAGGAAACGGUUCAGGCUGAUGUAUUGACCACUGAUUCCAUACCUUUGAAGGAUGGACAGCACUCGACUUUGAAAGUUGAAAAACCAUUGACUACUUCUGGCAUUUCCAUUGAUAAUUCACCUCCGAUCACUGUAUCUGUUCCGACAACCACUAUUGAGAGUACCGAACUUCCAAAUGAUGAGAUAGGAUCUGAAGUAGAACCUUUGGAAUUUGCUGGCAUGCAAAAUAAAAUGGAACCUUUUGAUCAGGAAGGAAAACAAGGACAAGGAGAGUCAAAUGUAGAGCAAGAUGUUAAGUUACCUCCUCAAGAUCCUUUGAUCGAUACUUUGUUAUCUGAUUUGAAGGAUUUGGAAGGAGAAGCGCCGCAUGUUCAGAACGAGCCUGUGAUACAAUUAGCAACAAAUACGAUGCCACAGAAAGAAUCUGUUUUUCUCAGACUGUCCAAUAGAAUUAAGGCGUUAGAAAGGAACAUGUCAUUGAGCGGACAAUACUUAGAAGAAUUAAGUCGUCGGUAUAAAAAGCAAGUUGAAGAGAUGCAAAGAUCACUCGAACGAACGGUAUCGGCGAUGAACGAGGAGACACGAAAAAGAGAAGAACGCGAGUCAAAGAGAGCAGAAGAAAUUGCCAUAUUGAGAGAGGAGCUUGCCGAUCUUUCAAAUUCGAUGAAAAAUCUUCUGUACGACCGUGAUAGUUGGCGUGGAAAGCUCUUAAUGAUAAGUCAACAUAUAUUACUAAUGUGUUCGGAAGUUUUUGUAAUAUACUUAUUUGUUUUAUAUUGCCGAAAAAGUAAUAAGAGAUCGCAAAUGAAAGAGAAUCAACUGGCGCAGAAAGAUCCGGUGCGUCGGAAAAGCGCGGAAAAUUUUAGUUCGCAUACGAGAAAAACGAAAAAGCGACGACCAAGCGAAAUAGCUUCUCACAUUUCGGGUACGUAUCGUGAGUUAAUGAUAAAUGAUAAAUCCCAGGAAACUAAGAAGGAAAAGAAAAAGAAACGUAAGAAAGGUACUGUUAUAAGUAAUCGUCAGACAAAUACUGAAGCAGAAAGAAGUAUGACAACGCGACGCAAAACUUCUCUUACGGAUAAUGUGGAAAUUCCAUUGAAAACUGUUUCCUCUUAUGAAACAUUGCAGACGGACGAUUCUCAAAAACAAAUUUGCAGACGACUAAAGUCUGCACCAGAAAAUACAGAUUGGUUUAGCAAUACUGUUUGUCAGACUCAAUUAAUAACACCGUGUACGAAAAGCUUAGAAACAGAGUCUGUAAGAAGUUCAGAAUUGAGUAAUUCUUGUAUUGAUAAUUUAGACGAAUCAAAUUCAUUGUUGACAAAUAUGAUCCCUAAAACGAUUCCUUUAAGUGAACAUACUGUUAACGAAUCAUCCACAGAUGUUUUAAAUUCCAAAAAUAGCAGUGUUAUAUUAAAGGAUAUCAAAUUGAGUGCAACAUCUUCCUUUAUGAGAAGCGCUUGGAGUAGUAGAAAGAAGAGAAAAGCAAAUUUAAAUGAUAUGAAUGGGGAAUGGAGCCGAAAUUUGGAGGAUUCUGAGGGUAAAUCGGUUGAAGCAAGUUCGGCAGUUUCAAAAAUUCAUCCCCAUGGUGAUCUAACGCCUACUAAUGGUCUGUUAUUGGAUCAAAGCGAUGAAUCUACAAGCAGUAGUAUUACAUCCGUGUCGAAAAAGAGAGAUAAAAAAGGUUCAAGUUUUAGGAAAAUGGUGAGAAAAUUUUUUUGAUUAAAAUAGGCUUGCCAAUGAUAGCUGACUGAAGAGAUAGUAUGAAAUUGUUGGAACUUAAGAUAUUUUAAGCAUAGAGUACGCUUGAUUCGAAUGCUUCGCUCGUAUGAAUUGUAGUGUAUUGAAAACUUAAGGUUUGUUGACGUUUGCUUUAGGCUUAAGAUGUGUACGCAUCUCUUAUACGGAACUGUUUCGCAUUCAUAGAUGUAACUGUAACUAUUAAGUAAGAUAUCUUUUAAGUAGAACUUAUUUGAAAAAUAAAAUUAAUUUUAUUAUGGCACAUUAGUAAAAUUACAUCAGCUUGAAAUUUAUAUGAAAACUAUCUGCUUUGCCAUAAGUUUCCUUUCAUCAAUACUUUCAGAAUCAACGUUAAUCCAGUUCGUUGAAUGACUAUACGAGCGAUCAGUCGAAAACAAAAUAAAGAACGGCAACAAUUUACAAUAGAAAAUUAUGAAGGCUAUAUUUAAGAAACUCUUAAUAUGCGUUUUGAAACUGUAAUUUCAAUUUACGAUAUGUAUAAAGUGAUGUGCAAUAUUCUCUUAAUUUUCUGUUUGGAAAAAAACGACUGAUUUACAUAAUUAUUAUUAUUAUUAUUAUUAUUACUAUUAUUAUGUUGUUGUUAUCAUUAUCACCAAACAUCAUCAUUACCAUUGUCUUCAUUAUGUAUUGUAUAUAAAAUCAGUUGUAUUAUAUUUAUUAUGAUAGAAAGCCUAACUAAAAAGUAAGAUCAAAACUCACAUUUGAUCUAAUAUUACUUUUUAAAGUAUGUCAUACUUUUUAUUAUUGUAAAAUGAGGUUACUUCGUAAUUGAAGAAGUAUAAUCAUAAAAGUCAAUUUUUAACUUAUAGAUAAAUCAUAUGUUCGUAUAAACAUAAUAUAAUUUACAUAUAUAACGGUAAGAAGGGCAUAUAAUAAAACAACGCAUCAGGAAGCUAUCAUUUUUUGUGAAUACAUAAACAUAUUCCUUUCAGAUGUUAUUACAUCUGCCUAACUAAUACUUUCACCAUAAGAAAGUACUGAUACUCCUUUUUGAAAGAACAUUUUCAUAAGUAAUUAUUCUUUAUGAUUUUAAUAACAAAGAAAAUGUUUCAGUUCGUUUCAUUUACAAAGUAACUUCAAUUUAAGAUCUGUAAAUUGCGUGGACAUUUUGUAUUUAUUGUUAUUUAUAUACACAUAUUUAAUUUUUUACUACAUAUAUCAAAUAAACAUUACUUAAGAUUGAUAUUAUAAUUAAAUAUAAAUAUAAAAAUGUUAAGUUAAAUAUAUCAAUGAACUCGUUUUGUGAUAGUGCAAAAAAGUUAAACGAGGUGAUAUAUUGAGAAAUAGUAUCAUGUUGUAAAUAGAAAUAUGUGUCUUUAUAGAACUCGAUGUAACUUAAUUCCCGAAAUAUUUAUUAACGUUAAUCUUUGAAAAGAAAAGAGAAUAGUUAUACAUUUAUAUGUGUACAAUAAUUCUAAUAUUAUAGAAUUAAAAGAUAACUUUUGGAAUGAUUGUACUUAUUGUACUGCUACAUUAUGUAAUGUAAUGUAAAGUAAGCAUUUUUCAUAUAUGUAUACAUAUUAAAAGUCCUAGUUAGACGUGUAUCAUUUCUAACAUAAUUAUUUGGACCACCGAGUCGCGAAUGUACAAUGAUUAACCCAAAGUUAUAAAAUGAUUCAGAGACAAAAUAAAUACAUAAAAUCUA